AAUAAACUUAAAAGUGAGGAUCAGGCAUGACAAAUAUUUUUGGUCACUUGUUUUUUUGACAUUUCAGGGUUAAAUUUAGUGUAGAAAAUGUACCCUCAUUUUAUUUGUGAGAUUAUUUGUAAACACACAUUCGGCGAAUGAAUAUUGACUUAAUUCAUUUGUCAAACUUUUAUAGACGAGGCUACCGGUAGAGAUCAGACUGUUUGGUACAUUGUGUCGAUUGACCUGCUUGGCUUGCCGUAGAGUUGUAUUUAGUAUCCUAGCAACCCAAACAGACAUCAAGAACGUGGGGCAGUUGUUUCAACGAGCAAGUAUAGCUAAUUGUUUUUUUGCCAUUUUUACAUUUACAUUUUAUUUUAAAAUUCAAACUACUUAUUAACUUUACCAGCUACACAUAAUGUUAAAUGAACUUCCACUGUAACUAAUGUUGAGCUAUUUACUGACUAACGUUAGUGUUUAGUUGACAGGAGCGCCAGAAAGUAUCUAACUGUAGUAGCUAUAACGUUAGGCUACAGAUCUUGCUUGUGUAGCACGCAGGGGAAGAUGGACCAAUCCCCAUGUACUCGUAUUUAUGUGGAAAGAACUCUGGCCCUUAUUAAACCAGAUGCCAUCCACAAAGCUGAGGAGAUUGAGGACAUUAUCCUCAAAUCGGGCUUCACUAUCCUGCAGAAACAGAUGCUGCAGCUAAGCCCAGAGCAAUGCAGUGACUUCUACGCAGACCAGUAUGGAAAGCUCUUCUUUCCCAGCUUGACUGCCUUCAUGAGCUCUGGCCCCAUCGUUGCCAUGAUUCUGGCCCGUGAAGACGCUAUCGCCCACUGGAAGUCCAUCAUAGGGCCUGUCAACAGUAUCAAGGCCAGAGAAACUCAUCCAGAGUGCCUUAGAGCAAAAUAUGGCACUUCUGACCUGAAAAACGCACUCCAUGGCAGUGAGUCAUUUCAUGUGGCUGAAAGGGAGAUCAAAUUCAUGUUUCCAAACUCUGUAAUCGAGCCCUUUCCCUCAAGAGAGGCAACCAAAGAAUACCUGAGCAGGUAUGUAAACCCAACUCUGCUACGUGGACUCACUGAGCUCUGCAAGCACAAGCCACACAACCCCUGUAUUUGGCUGGCUGACUGGCUGAUCAAAAACAAUCCAAACAUGCCUCAAAUAUGCGAUGGAGCCAUUGUGGAAGAAGCAGAAUGACAACAGGGGGAAAAGAGGGACAAAUGCAUCAUUUCAGACAAUGUUAUUUUUUAAACAAAUGUAUCUGUUCAGCACUAUGAUUCAAUUGUCUUUCCAGCACUAAUCAUCUGAUUUGUUUGGUCUUUGGUAAAGCUGACCUAUUUAUAAUCCAUUUGUUCUUUUUUAACACUUCUUUAAACAGUUUGACUUGAUUCAAAACCUGAAUUAAAAUGCAGCAGGUUUACAUAAGAACAUUAACAACUGGUCCUAAUCUAAUUCAAUAAAUCAAAUAUCUCA